AUGGCAACACAAUCACUACUUCCUCCUCCUCCUCCACCUCCAGAGUUCUCGGCCAAAGCCAUCCUAAACUUGAAUAGACUCCUCAUCACCCUCCUCCCAAACAAAAUCCUCUUCUUGUCCUUCUUCAUCCUCCUGCCUCUCACUUCCAUCCUCACUCAAUCCACUCGAACCCCAACCAUCGUCCUCUCCCUCCCUACCAUCCAUCACGUCUCCCUACUCGCCCUCUUCCUCCUCCUCCUCCUCCUCCUUCCCAUCCGCUACUUCAAAUCCUCCCCUUCACCAGUCUAUAUCCUCGACUUCACCUGCUUCAAACCCCCCAUCACCUGCCGCGUCCCACAUGCCACAUUCCUCGAACACAGCCGCCUUCUUGUUGAUGAAAAUAGUGUACGUUUCCAAAUGCGCAUCCUUGAACGCUCCGGCAUAGGCGAAGAAACCGGUCUCCCUCCACCUUCUCUCUACCUCCCUCCCAAAGCCUCCCUUGAAGGAUCCCGCGCCGAAUCCGAGCAAGUCAUCUUCUCUUGCAUCGACGAACUACUCAUCACUACCUCUUUCGAUCCUAAACACAUAGACAUCCUUGUCCUCGAUUCCAACAACUUCUCUCCUACCCCUUCUCUCACCUCCAUGAUCGUCAACAAGUACAAGCUCAACACCAAUGUCCUCACCUUCAACCUCUCAGGCAUGGGCUGCAGUGCUAGCCCUAUCUCUCUUGGCCUUGCUAAAGAUCUCCUUCAAGUCUACCCUAACUCCAAUGCACUCGUCGUCUCCGCCCAGAUCAUUGUUUCUCCAAACUGGUACAUGGGCUCUGAACGUUCCAUGCUUAUACCUAACUGUUUGUUUCGCAUGGGUGGAGCUGCCAUCCUAAUGACAAACCGAAGAUCAGAGCGCCGGCACGCCAAGUACCAGCUUCACCACGUCGUGCGCACGCACACUGGCACUGACGACAAAGCCUACAGGUGUGUCUACCAACUAGAAGACUCACAAGGAAGACAGGGCGUUUCUUUAGAGAAAGAUGUCAUGCCUAUCUCUGCCGAAGCUCUCAAGAUCAACAUUAGUAACUUGGGGCCAUUAGUCUUACCACGAUCCGAACAGCUUCAUUAUAUAUUUAGCCUUCUUGUUCACAAAAUCAUAAAUCCUAAAAGGAAGAUUUAUGUGCCGGACUUCAAGAAGGCGUUUGAUCACUUCUGCGUGCACGCCGGAGGGAGAGCCAUCAUUGAUGAGGUGGAGAAGAACUUGAAACUUACGUCGGAGCAAGUGGAAGCUUCCAGGAUGACGCUGUAUAGAUUCGGUAACACUUCUAGUUGUUCUAUUUGGUAUGAGCUUGGGUACAUUGAGGCUAAGGGGAAGAUGAAGAAAGGUGAUCGAGUGUGGCAGUUGGGGCUGGGGAGUGGAUUCAAAUGUAACAGUGCAGUGUUGGAGUGCUUGAACAACAUUAGUUUGCCAGUAAAGAGUGGUGCUUGGGCUGAUUGCAUUGAUAGGUUUCCUGUUGAGAUCCCAAAAAUUAUCAAGUUCUAAGGAGAUCGAUGAUGUUGAUGGUGAUUUAGGGUUUUAAUCUUCCCUUUGUCUCUGGUGUUAUAUCGGUGUCAGUGGUCUUAUGCUUGUUUUGCUGUGUUUUUAUUUUGUCUGAUCGUAUU